AUGGCUUCCUCAAAGCAGAAUCCGCCCCUCCUUGAUCAUAUCGUCAUCCUCUUACCCCACCAAGUCCUCGCCAACCUCCCACCCUGGCUCUCGGACGAAUUCACCAUCCUGACCGGCGGCCGCCAUGCCGAUGGCCGCACCGAGAACAAGCUUGUAAUCUUCGCCGACGGGACCUACCUGGAGCUCAUCUCCUUCGUCGAGGGUAUCAGCCCGGAAGAACGGCUCAAGCACAAAUGGGGCGCGAAGAAGGAUGGAACCAUCAUCGACUGGGCCUACUCUCUCGUCGACGAGUCUGGCUUCUCCGCGAUCCAAAAGCGAGUGAACGCCGCGCAAUUCCUGGCAUCGUACGACGACCCCGUCCCGGGCGGCCGGAUCAGACCGGACGGCGAGGAGCUGAAGUGGGCCGUUGCGCUGCCCGGGCCGGAGGGAAAAGUGGAGCGGGGCGAGUUGCCGUUCUGGUGCUUCGACCGGACGCCGCGCAAGUUGCGGGUGCCGGAUCAUGUUGAAAAGAAUGUGACGCAUCCCAGCCACGCACUGGGAGUUCACUCGGUUGAGGUUGAUGUCAGCAGUGAGGACUUCAAGAAGGCGUAUGCUGGUAUUAUCGGACAGCCCGGGCAGGGAGAGAAUAGCGGCACGUGGGCAUUUGACGUUCCGAUUCGCCAGUUCGAGGACCCCAGACAUAUUCAAGUGACUGUUUCUGAAGGGAAGUCACUUGAGGGAUCUAUUCGUCUGGCGUUGUACACCGCUAAGGGCACAGAGAAACGCGAAAUUCGUGGAGAUCUCGGAGCCGGCGUGUCAGUGAAGAUCGAUCUGAUCCCAGUCUCUGGUAGUGCUUGA